UCACCAACUUUAUUUGAUUAAUUAUACAAAUAUUUAUAACUCUCGAGUGAAAGCAAUUACUUUGAUAUUCUGGUUCAAAAUGAUCUACAAACUAUUUCUUUUAAGUUUUGUGUUCUUUUCCAUGCUCAUAAAUGAUCCAGUUCAAGCUAAAGAUAGAUUUUGUCGGACUACAGGCUGUGACAGCCGAACUCUUCAACAAGUAUUUGCCAUGUGUCAGAGAGCAUACGGUAGUAAUACAAUCCGACGUGAACCUUGUGAUGGAGGACGGGCUCGCUAUCGAUGCUGCACAGCUUCAGUUCCACAAGAACGACGAUGUCUGCUUAUAGGCUGUUCAAACGAAAGUGUGGCGUCAAUAGAAGCAAAUUGUAUUGGAAAUUUUGGUGCUAACGCCAUUGUAACGAUAACACCUUGUGGCAAAGGACUUCUUAGCGCUCAAUGCUGUAUAAACUGAGCCUUGCUAACAAAUAGCUACAGCAUUUGGAAGAAUUGGUUGGUUUGCUUUGAAUGAUGAACUUGGAUGGAUUAAAAGAUAAACGAUUUAUGGUCAAUAGGACUAAACAAAUAAUUAUGUUUGAUGUAAUAACCAGAAUAAGAUGCAACUUAAAACACUUCUUGCGAUUAUUCCAUCAAUAAAAAUUUA